AUGAUGAGAGUCAUGAGGAGUUGCAUACAAUCAAUAUUAAAGUUAGUGAAUUGUGUUGUAGGAGUGGUUGGCAUAGCAAUGGUGUUGUAUGCAGUUUGGCUCAUUAGAGUGUGGCAGAGAGAAAUGGGUGAUUUUCCAUUUUUUGACGAGGAUGAAGACUUUCAUCCAUGGUUUGUCGCUUUGUCCUUGAUCCAAUGUUUCAGUCAUAUUGCUUCUGAAGCUGCAAAUGAAGCUGGAGUUACUGCUGAUGUGUUUCUAAACCGUGACUGGGAAGAGGCAGGUUCUAUGACCAAAAACUCAUUCUUUGAUUCCCAUCUUAUGCAACGUAAUGAGAGUGAGGUGUGA